AUUUGUGGGUUAACGGUCAGAUCAACGAUGGAGAGAAUAACAACAUGGCAUGGAUUCACGAUAUUUAAUGUUGCUCAAAAUAACUUUUAAAUCACCAUGGUAACUCACGGUGAAGAACCACAAUUGAAGGGGUCGCGGUUUUACACAACUAAAUGGUUAAAAAAAUGAAAAUAUUCAAAUCAAAAGCUUUCCCAGGCACAUAUUUUGUUACUUUGUACGAAGGAGGUUUAUCACCGUUGUUUAAAUAAAAGAAAAAAUAAUCGCGACAACAAAUACAUAAUGGUAUCGUUACCAUGCGGCACGACGUGGUAUCCAAGCAUCACAUAUUCAAAGACGGAAAUAUAUAAUCCUGGGUAUCCUCAUAAUUAUGGUGCUAAUUUAAACUGCACAUAUACAAUCCAGCAAAACAUACUGUAUCAUCAUGUAUCGUAUGUUUUACAAGUUUACUUUCUGUCCAUGCAUGUUCCUGCUGGUAGCAUGCCAGAUUGUGAGGAGGAUUAUUUGGAAAUUUUAAUCGGAGAAGGGGCGAGUCGAAGGAAUCUGGGAAAGUUCUGUGGUGACGAAACACCAUAUACAAUCUUUUCGCAUAAAGAACAUGUGAAUAUAAAUCUAAAGUCAAGUUCCAAUGGGCAGGGAGGAUCAUUCGUUAUUCAAGCUGCGGUGAAAAAAUAUGCAUCGCAGGAAUGUGCUAAUGGAAACCUUAAUUCAACUUCAUACUUGAAGAGUGGGAUUGUAACCUCUCCCAACUAUCCCAAUGGAUAUAUCGAAGACCAGUACUGUGUUUCACAAAUCUACGUUGGGGAUGGAAAUAUCGUAAGGAUAAGUGUCAUUGACGUAAACCUUUUUCACGUAUCCUCAGCAUCAUGCGAGUUAGAAGACUACAUGGAACUUCGAGGAUCAAACAAUCCCAAUUCACUAUCAAGUUCUUCUUUAUUGGACGGCCUUAACAGAACAUGUGGCUCAUUAUCUAACGUGGUCACACUGACAAGCAGUUACAACUUUGUUUACAUUGUAUUUCGUUCUUACCAUGGGAGUCAAGGUCGAAGAGGUUUUUACCUUGGUUACACUGUCUACAGUGAUCCUGUUACAAUGCCAUCAGGUAUGACCAACAAACUCAUCUACUUCAUCACUGCAUCAAUUUUCAUUAUCGUUCUCAUAACUAUUGUUUUUAUUAUCACAAUGAAGAAGAAAAAAGUUAAAAAGAUUGAUAAUCAAGACAUAACUGGAGAAAAAUCAACAAAGAAAUGUCAACCUAUGCAUCUACCAAUAACACAACAAAAACAACAACUGCAUCCUUCACAAUACCUUCGUAAAACGCAGCAUGUUCAACUCCCUCCACCAAAGGACCAUACUUCUAAGAUAACCAUCCCGUCUCAAUCUGAACUUCUUUUAAAGAACCCCCUUUCUCCUUCCGUGGAUCGACAAAUGACACCGGUAGAAGUAUGUACCACCUCUUUUUAGCGUACCAUUAAAAACUGUAUAAUAAUUGCGAGAAAAUAAAACCUAUUUUAAAAGUCUAGCGAUUUGGAAACAAGACUGGUUGCUUCUUUAAACAUCGCUUAUGACCAGGUUAAACAAUUUUGCUGGUAUGUUUUGCUGGAAGUUGUUUAUAAGUAAACCUGGUUAAAAAUCAGUGAAUUUGCCUUAUGGUUAAAGAUCAGAUUUUAUCGUGACAAGAUUGUGUUGAGAAGGACAACAAUUUGGAAAAAAGAGAAUGAAAAAGUUAUUCGCUCAUCAUCGGCAACAACUUUUCUUUCUUUUUAUAACAGAUUUUAUAAACUAAUGAAUUACAGAAUUAAACACGCAGUACACUAAUAAUCCAUAUAUCCAAUUGGUUAAUAAAAUAUAAUUCUACCAAUAAGAUGUUCUUUUUGAGCUUAGGCUUGUCUAUUGAGAUAAGAUGGCUCUCUUUAAACUCUAAAAUAAUAAUCAUUUAUGGCCGAACCUACGAUGGAAAAAUUGCAA